GAGAGAGAGGGACUGUGUGUGUGUGUGUGUGUGUGUCAUCACAAAGUGGCCAUGUUUAGGGUCGAUGGUGUCCACGCUCUUUUCUCUUACCCUCUGCCAGUUUUGAGCCUGAGCUGAAGAGAACGAUAGUAAGAGCGAGAGAGGGAGAUACAGGGACAUGGAUUUCGACGAACACGAUGAAGGAAUAGAGGAGAUGGCCUUGCCGGUGGGAUCGAGUGACCACACCGUCACGGGGAAUUCUGAUCUAGGAGGAGGAGGAGGAGCUAAGAUGGGCGGAGGAGGGGAAUCGGCGUCGGCGACGGCCGGGAUGGCGAUGAGAGGGUCGGGGCACCGCAAGACGUACGGUGGCAGAGGCGGGCGAGGGAAGUACCGGGAGUGCCUGAAGAACCACGCCGUGGGAAUCGGGGGGCACGCGGUGGACGGGUGCGGGGAGUUUAUGACGGCGGGGGAGGAGGGGACACUCGACGCGCUCCGUUGCGCUGCAUGCGGCUGCCACCGGAACUUCCACCGGAGGGAGGAGGAGGGAGGAGGAGCUGGUGGAGGCGCGACGGAGGUCAUCGGGUACCACCCCCAGUUCUCGCCCUACAACCGCGCGCCGGGAGGGUACUUCCACCCCCACCACUCCACUGCCGCGGCACUCGCGUCGCCGCAGCAGCACAGGCCGGCACCGCUGGCGCUGCCGUCGGCGCGGGGCGGCGGAGGGCACAGCAGGGACGAGCAGGAGGAGACGCCGAUCCCGAUGGUGGGCGUCGGCGGCGGAGUCGGAAGAAGAGGAGGCGUGGUGGCGAGGAAGAGGUUCCGGACCAAGUUCACGCAGGAGCAGAAGGAGAAGAUGCUGGCUUUCGCAGAAUGGCUGGGGUGGCGGAUUCAGAGGCACGACGAGGCGGCGGUGCAGAAGUUCUGCGAGGAGACGUGCGUCAAGCGGCACGCCCUCAAGGUGUGGAUGCACAACAACAAGCACACCCUCGGUAAGAAACAUUAAAGAGACACAAGAGGAUCGAGUCAGGGGAAGUUUGUUCCAUCGUCUUCGUCUCCUCUUGUAGCCCUCUAACAAUUGUCUUCCCGUUUUGCUGUUGGCUCCCAAAUGAAACGCUUGGAAGAGCGGAGGUGACAACAUAGAAGAAUUAGAAAUAAACAAGCAACUUUCGGAUUCAAACUCCUCACUGCUGCUGGUUUCCUGUUUCGUUUGUUUCUGUUCUUUCGAGCUUUUCUUGUAAUCUCGGUGCUCACCAGUUAAGAACGACCAGAGAGUCGCUUCACGAACCCGUGAAACGUGUCCGCCAUGCAACGCAGUAGAUGUAUCUUGUAUUAAAAGAUUAAACAUUAGGAGUUGAGGUUGUCAGGAGCUGCUCCAGUCCAAGUGUUAUCGUG